AUGGCAUACUCGACGCCAUAUCUGCAUCAGACUGCCACCGCAGCGGGUGGUGCCAGCGGUGGUGGUGGUGGUAGCGGUGCCAGCGCCAGUGAAUUCAAAUUCGGCCCGGGGCAAGACUUCCGGCGCCUGUCCUUGUUUGAUCCCGCAAGGAUUGACACCUCUGGUGUGACACCGCCGCCACUGUCAAACAAUGCCGCCGCCCCAUCUACUAUAGGCUGGAGUGGGCAGUCUGCGGCUGCGCAGUACAAGGCCAUCAGCAGCACUACACUCGGGCAGCAGCAGCAGCAGCAGCAGCAGCAGCAGGCGUCAGCAAGCCAGCUGUGGAUGGGCGACAUUGAGCCGUGGAUGGACGAGGAGUGUCACGUGGCGGUGAAGAUGAUCCGGGACCGGCUAACAGGCGGGCCGGCCAAUUACUGCUUCGUGGAGGUCGCCUCGCCUGCAGACGCCGAGCGGCUGCUAGCCACACACAACGGCGCGCCGAUGCCAAUGCCGUUCCUGCGCGCCUUCCGCCUCAACCGGGCGGCAGGCGCCAUGUUCUCGCUGUUUGUCGGCGACCUGGCUCCUGAGGUCUCCGAUGUGUUGCUGGCCAGCGAGUUCCGCAGCCGCUAUGCAUCGGUGCGCACAGCCAAGGUCGUGGUGGACCCUGUGACAGCGGUGCCGCGUGGGUACGGCUUCGUGCGGUUCGCCGACGAGCAUGAGCACCAGCGCGCGCUGGUUGAGAUGCAGGGCUGGCUGAUUGGCUCGCGCCCGGUGCGUGUCUCGGCAGCGACGCCCAAGCGCGGAACGGUAGCAGUCGAGCCGGUGCGCGACGGAGCCGGUUCGCCGGCGUCGUCGGCGUCGAGCGACGGCAGCAACGAGUCGUACAACCCGGCCAACCGACCCCACGAGCUGCACGACUUCUUUGCCACGCACGGCGAGGUUGUCUACUGCAAGAUCCCGCCGAACCGCGGCUGCGGCUUCGCCGCCAUGCGGGCUCUCAACGGCCACCUACUGGGCGGCUCGCGCGUGCGGCUCAGCUGGGGCCGGAUCACAGAGCCAUGCCCGGCACAACCACCGGCGGAACCAGAUCCACCACCGUGCCAGCUCUUUGGUAAGCACCCCGCGCAGCAGCUGGGGCUGGGGCUCACCUCUGCCGAUGCUUGUGCCGUGCAACGCCCGCUGCAGCUGGCCAUGCCGCUGCUGGCUGCCAAUGCUCCGCCGCCCGCGCUGCUGGUUCCACCCGGCCCACCGUACCAGCAUCCGCCUGAGACGUAUACACCGCAGGGCUUCUACAAUGCAUCACCCAUGCAUGCUGGCGCCCUCGAGUUCUUUGCCACGCCUACCACACCACACGCCCCGCAUCCACAGCAGCAGCACUGCUACUACGAGCCGUCGAUGCUGUCGACUCCCGUGGCAGGUGCUCUUGACUCGCCGCUGUACUUUUCCUCCAGCCAGCACGUACUGGGCCCAGCCCACGCCCGCAACGCCAGCGCGCAGCUCGACUCGAGCAUGCCGUUCCUUGCCGGACGACCAUCACGCCCCGCGCUACGACUCCCACCGCCUUUCCUAAGCCGCCGCCUGAGUGUGCUGGCCCUCAGCUCCCACCGUAGCUCCACCAACAGCCCCGAGGCUGCUAAGCAGCAACAGCAGCAACAGCAGCAACAGCCGCAGCAACAGCAACAGCCACCACCCAUUGAGCGCCGCCCCAGCGUCGGCGUCAUAGGCCAGCGCCGUCUGUCUGUCCGCCCCACGCUGCAGCACUCGCAGAGCCUGAUCUUCCCAUCGUCUUCCAGCGACAAGCCGGCUGCUGCCUUUGGUGCCUUCGACGCUCCCGGCGACGCUGCAAACAAGUCGGCUGCGCUGUCGACGCCUGUGUCGUCCACUCGCUCGUCGACCUCGUCGCUGUCGCUGCUUGCCGUCAAGCCCCAUGCUGUCAGUGCCGUGGACUCGGCCAUUGGCUUUGCCGACAAUGCCGAGCAUGCGUCGCUGACCGGGUCCUUUAGAAUCCUCUAG